UUAGUUAUGACAUUUUCGCGGGAAAUUUUUCGUGCGUAUUGCACUUAUUUGCGAUUGAUUUUAAGAAAUUUUAACGUUUAUUGAAUCAAUUGUAAAUUAAAAUAAUUUGUUUGUUAAUUUUUUCGAAAUUAAAUAUGCCUGUUAACGUUAAAAAGAUGAAGGAUACGUUAUUAGAUAGAGAAUAUUCAAAAGAAAUUGACAAUGAUGAAGAAAUGGAGAUUUGCAGUGAUACAGAAAAUGAAGUAUUCAACAAAAAAGGAUUUCACAGAUUGGUUGACAAUGAAUUAAAUGAUUUGAAUAAUGAAAAUGAAGAUAACAACAAUAAAAAUGAAAAAAGAAGAGAUUCCAAACUUUUAGAAAUUGAGAAGGUUGUUUUCAAAGAUCGAAAAAAUGCAGUGAAACAAAGUGAAAAUUCAGUAUCUAAACGAAAUAAGAAAAAGAAUCAAGCAGCUGACAUCACUAUAAAAGAUAUGUUCAAACAAAUGAGAAAUAAAGAGAAGCAUGAUAAAAAUAAUAGAGUAAUAUAUUCAGAUGUUGAUAAUGAAGAAAUUGAAUUUCAAAAUAAGAAACAGAAAAUCACAAAUAAUGAAAAUGAGAUAAUCUCAAAAAAAAUCAUUGAAAAUAAGCAACCACCAAUGAAAUGUAAAGAAUGUAGACAAUUACUUGAUGAUCCUGAUUUAAAGAUGUUUUCUGGAGAUCCAGAAAAUGCUGUAGAGGAAUUUAUAAUGCUCACAGAUCCAAAGCUUUCUAUUUUUACUGGAAAUGAAGCUGAAAGCAAUUUAGAUGAUAUCAGUGAACGCCCACAACAUAAAAUUACACAUUUCAGUUUCAGUUUCAGUUUAAAUGCCAGAAUUUUUGAUUUCAAAAUUUUUAUAGGUGGUGUACCAGCACGUGCCAUGGGACCAAUCAAUGAAUGGUGGUUAGCAGGAUUUGAUGGAGGAGAACGUCCUUUAAUAGGAUUUUCUACAGCUUAUGCUGAAUAUGUAUUAAUGGCACCAAGUGAAGCAUAUGUUCCCUUUAUGAAUGCCAUGAAAGAAAAAAUCCAUUUAAGUAAAACAAUUAUUGAAUUUUUAGCAAAUAAUCAAGAUGCUACAUAUGAAGAUCUACUAAAUAAAAUUCAAACUACAGUGCCACCUCAGGGUCUUACUAGUUUCACAGAAGAUUCGCUUUUACGUCAUUCACAAUUUAUUGUUGAUCAGGUUCAAAGUUAUGAUUCUUGUGCAGAUGCUGAUGAAGCAUUGCUUAUUGUUACACCUUGCAUGAGAGCCUUGAUUAAAUUAGCUGGUGUAACUUUGGGGAAAAGGCGAGCAAUAAGACGGUCAGAAGUUAGUCAUAUAAAAGUCAAAAAAUUUGGUCAUUCAUUAGCCACUACUACUCCAUUAGUAAGAAGUAUAUUUGAGAAUUUCUUUCAGCAACAACUUGAUAAAGACACAAAAAGUCAUUCUACUCCAAGAAGAAAACGCUGUGGGGUUUGUGAGGCUUGUCAACUUCCAGACUGUGGUAAAUGUAAUGCUUGUCAAGAUAUGAUUAAAUUUGGAGGUUCUGGAAAAGGCAAACAAGCUUGUCUUCUGAGAAAGUGUCCUAAUAUGGCAGUUCAAGAUGCUGAAGCUGAAGAUGCAGAAUCUGAUGAAAUUGAAGAUGAAAUGGCUAGAAAAGCUGAGUUAACCUGUCUGACCCAUAAAAAGAAACAGUAUAAAAAGCAAAAGACUGCCCUUGCUUGGAUUGGAAAACCAAUAAAAAUAAAACAAACUAAAAAAUUUUAUUCAUCUGUUAAAAUUAAUGACGAAAUUGUUAAUUGUGGUGAUUGUGUACUUGUUGCACCUGUAGAUCCAACAAUUCCAUUAUAUGUUGCUCGUGUUGUAUAUAUGUGGGAAAAUGGAAAUGGUGAUAUGAUGUUUCAUGCUCAUUGGUUUUGCCGAGGCUCAGAUACAGUUUUGGGUGAAACUUCCGAUCCCUUGGAAGUAUUUGUUAUAUGUGAAUGUGAUGAUUCUCAUUUAUCUUCAGUAGUGAGCAAAUGCAAGAAAGCUGAGUUAACCUGUCUGACCCAUAAAAAGAAACAGUAUAAAAAGCAAAAGACUGCCCUUGCUUGGAUUGGAAAACCAAUAAAAAUAAAACAAACUAAAAAAUUUUAUUCAUCUGUUAAAAUUAAUGACGAAAUUGUUAAUUGUGGUGAUUGUGUACUUGUUGCACCUGUAGAUCCAACAAUUCCAUUAUAUGUUGCUCGUGUUGUAUAUAUGUGGGAAAAUGGAAAUGGUGAUAUGAUGUUUCAUGCUCAUUGGUUUUGCCGAGGCUCAGAUACAGUUUUGGGUGAAACUUCCGAUCCCUUGGAAGUAUUUGUUAUAUGUGAAUGUGAUGAUUCUCAUUUAUCUUCAGUAGUGAGCAAAUGCAAGGUAAUUUAUAAAAUGCCUGAUAAAAACUGGUUUUUAAAUGGUGGAAAUGAAGAAAUAAAUACUGAUUUAUGUAAUAGUGAAGAUGAGAAAACAUUCUUUUAUCAAAAAUGGUAUGAUUCACAGACAAGUAGAUUUAUUGAUCCUCCUGAUCUUGAAGUGUAUAAGAAUGAUGAUGUUAUUCAAUCAUGCAUUAGCUGCAAUAAAUUACAAGAAUGGCAUGAGAUAAAUAUCCAGCAAGUGGGUGAAUUAAUAGAAAAAACUGAUGAAAAAGCUUAUUAUCAAUCAGCAAAAUGGAAUGGCCAAGAAUAUUUCAUUGGUGAUUGUGUGUAUCUUUCACCAGAAGCAUUUAGUUUUUCCAAAAUGACUAUAACUUCUCCUAAAAAACAACAGAAUAAAAAAGAUUCUAUUGAUGAAGAUUUAUAUCCAGAAUUUUAUCGAAAAUCAGAAUACAUAAAAGGAUCUAAUCUGGAUGCUCCAGAACCAUUUCGCAUUGGACGAAUUGUAAACAUUUAUAAAUUGUGCAAAGGAAAGUUAGCAGAUAAAUUUGACAUUAAAUUUAAAGUGAAUAAAUUUUACAGACCAGAAAACACCCAUAGACAGAGGAAAGCAAAUUAUCAUUUAGAUUUAAAUCUCUUAUAUUACAGUGAAGAAGAGGUAGUUGUGGAUUUUUCUCUUAUCCAAGGUAAAUGUUAUGUUGUAUAUAGUGGAAAUCUUCAAGAAUCAGUUGAAGAAUAUACAUCGAAAGGACCAAAUAGAUUUUACUUUAACGAGGCUUAUGACAAAAAUGCUAGAACUUUUGAUGAUCCACCUGCGAAAGCACAAGCAAUUGGAAACAAAGGAAAAGGGAAAGGUAAAGGUAAAGGGAAAUCUCAAAACAAAACAGACAACUCAGCUGAUAUCAAAAUGGAAUAUUUUUCUACUGUUUCUUCAAAACUAAGAACAUUAGAUGUAUUUGCUGGUUGUGGAGGUUUAUCUGAAGGCUUCCAUAAAGCUGAAAUAAGUGACACAUUAUGGGCUAUAGAAAAAGAAGAAGCUGCAGCACAAGCAUUUCGAUUAAAUUUUCCUAACUGUACUGUUUUUACAGAAGAUUGUAAUGUAUUACUUCGUUUAGUGAUGGAUGGUAACAAAGCAAAUGAUAAAGGACAAAUUUUACCUCAAAAGGGGGAUGUUGAAUUACUGUGUGGAGGACCUCCAUGUCAAGGUUUUAGUGGAAUGAAUAGAUUCAAUUCUAGACAAUAUUCAUUGUUUAAGAAUUCUUUAAUUGUUUCCUACUUGAGUUAUUGUGAUUAUUAUCGACCAAGGUUCUUUCUUCUUGAAAAUGUUAGAAAUUUUGUUUCAUUUAAACGUAGUAUGGUAUUAAAAUUAACAUUGAGAUGUUUGAUAAGAAUGGGAUAUCAGUGCACAUUUGGAGUAUUGCAAGCAGGUAAUUACGGAGUGCCACAGACCCGUCGAAGGGCUAUAAUUUUGGCUGCUGCUCCUGGAGAAAAGUUGCCAUUAUUUCCUGAACCUACUCAUGUUUUUGCUCCAAGAGCAUGUCAAUUAUCUGUUGUUGUUGAUGAUAAAAAGUUUAUAACAAAUGUUAAGUGGACAUCAUCUGCACCUUAUAGAACCAUCACAGUAAGAGAUUCUAUGUCUGAUUUACCUGAAAUCCGAAAUGGAGCUAAAACUGAAGAAAUUCCAUAUAAUGGAGAAUCAAUUUCACACUUCCAAAGAAUGUUAAGAGGAAAAUAUUAUCAACCUGUUCUCAGAGAUCACAUUUGUAAAGAGAUGAGUCCUUUAGUAGAAGCUCGUAUGAGAUAUAUACCAUUAUCUCCAGGUUCUGAUUGGCGAGAUCUGCCAAAUAUACCAGUUAGAUUAUCUGAUGGCAGUUUUACAAAAAAAUUACAAUAUACUCAUAAAGAUAUAAAAAAUGGUAAUUCAAGUUCAGGAGCUCUAAGAGGUGUCUGUUCUUGUGCUGAAGGAAAACCUUGUGAUCCAUUUGAUCGACAAGACAAUACAUUAAUUCCCUGGUGUCUUCCCCAUACUGGAAAUCGUCAUAACCAUUGGGCUGGUUUGUAUGGUCGGCUAGAAUGGGAAGGUUUCUUUAGUACUACUGUAACAAAUCCUGAGCCAAUGGGAAAACAAGGUCGUGUUCUUCAUCCAGAACAGCAUAGAGUUGUCAGUGUUAGGGAAUGUGCUCGUUCGCAAGGUUUUCCUGAUAGUUAUCGCUUUUUUGGGAUUAUUACUGAUCGUCAUAGGCAGAUAGGAAAUGCUGUACCUCCACCACUUGCUACCGCAAUAGGAUAUGAAAUUUUAAAAUGUGUUGCAGAAAAAGAAAAUAAUGUGCAAUCCCCAAAUAAGAACAAUGGUGAUAUUAGUGAUGCAAAAAUGAGAGAAAAAAUUGGUAGUAGUCCAAAAGCCAGUACAUCAAAUGUUUAAUGAAGUACUUUAAAAAAACUCAUUAUAAAUUUUAAGUAAUUUUUAUAAAUUGAUAUGGUUUUAGCAUUCCAGUACUGCAAGAGAGCUAAAUAAGGACACAUGUUCUUGUAAAAAUAAUAAUUAUAUUUUAUACAUGAAACAAAAAUAAUAAGCAAACAGAAUUCACGCACAAAGCUCAUAAAAUCUGUAUACCCAUUAAAAUUAAAAUUUGAAGUGUUUAAAACUCUACAAAUCUAUAGCAUUACUAUUUUCAUCUUCUAUAAUUGUUUUACCUUUUUAAUGAAAUGUAUAAGUUUUU